UCAAAGGGGGAGGUUGUGCUGUCCCGUCUCUCCCCCGGUCUUACAGUGGCUCGCUCGCUUUCUCGUGGCUAACUUGAGUGAAAAGAAAAACGAGAGCUGAAGGAAAAAAAAAGGAAAUAGAGAGAUUACUGAGGAAAUGUGUGUUCAUGUGUUGGUGUAGUGACGGAAAUUACGAUUUUGUCAACCCGCUUGAAAUGAAUGACGAGAUAAUAAGAAAAGAAAUUAACAAAUAAGAAAAAACGUAAGAAAAAGAAAUUCACAUCCUGUCCUUCACAAAAAGGGGGAAAAAAAAACAUGAAUGAUAAGAAACAGGAAGGAAAUAACAGUGAAUAUAAUAAAAGAAGUGAUAUUUAAGAUGAAAAUAACAAAUUCUUAGAAAAAUACAAAGGAAAAUGAAAAAAGAAAAUAGUAACAAGAAAUAGGAAAUAAUAACAGGAUAUAUAAUAAUAAAAAAGUGAUAUUAAUGGUGAAAAAAGGACAAAUAAAUAACGAAACAAUAAAUAAAUAAAGAGACACGUGACAGACACUCUUACGUCUUCGUCCUUGUGAGGAAAAUCGUCAAUAACAAGAGGAAGAAAAUAACAGGAAAUAGAAGAAGAGAAGCGAUAAUAAAAGUGAUCAAAUACAAACGAUAAACAAAAUGGAGAACGAAAGAACGUGAAGGAACACACACACACACACACACACACACACACACACACACACACACACACACACACACACACACACACACACACACACCCACACUUUGUCCCUUGUGAAGAAAUAUCAAUAACAAGAAGAAAAAAAAAGAAGGAAAUAAAAGAAAAUACAAUAAGAGAAAUGGCAUAAAAGUUAAAAAAAAAAAAUAAAAAAAUGUACAAAGACUAAACAAAACAAGAAAUGAAAAAGAACUCAACCAAAAUGUAACACAACAGACAUUCGCGCUUUGUCCCUCGUGAAAAAUAAAAAGAAUCAGUAACGCGGAACGAAAAAAAAGAAGAAAAAGUAAAAGAAAAUAAUAACAGCAGUGAUAACAAAACUGAAAAAAAGGGAAAAAAACGAAAACACAUACAUUUCUUAUUGUCAGUGAAAAAAACACAUAAAUAACACAAAAUAAAGAGAAAAUAACAAUAAAACAACAAAAAAAAGAAAGAAUUAAAGUGAUAAAAAGAAGAAAAUAUAGGAAAUAACUGUAAUAUAAUUUUAAAUAUGGGAAAUCACAAUAAACAAGACAUAAAAUAACAAAAAAACAAGGAAACCCAUAAAAAAGACAUCAAUAACACAACAUAACGAGAAAACAACAACAAAAGUGAUAAUUAAAACAAAGAAAGCAGAAAAUAAUAAAUCUCUUAUUAUCUUACGCCUGGCAGCACAAAGCGUCAUGCACCGUGGAAAAGUUGUCGUGCCGUAAAGUGAGGAAGCAGAUUGCAAAGAAAUAAGCAAGAUGAUUAAUCUGCCCUCCUGCUGCCCCCUCCCCCUGCUGCAUCUGCUGUGUGUGGGUGUCCUGCUCCUCUGCUGUGUCGGUGGCGUGGGCGGCGGCUUCGGGGGAGGGCGUGGGUUGCCAAGGUUCGGCGUGGGACAGACUGAGGUGACCGUGCAGGAGGGAAGGACCGCCAGACUGCCCUGUGUGGUGCGUCACUUGCAGGAUAAAGCGGUGACGUGGCUGCGACAGAGGGACCUUCACAUCCUCACUACAGGGCGCCACACCUAUUCAGCUGAUGAACGCUUUUGGGUGUCGCAUCGCGCGGGCACGGAGGAGUGGACGCUAGUGGUGGAGUCUGCCCAGGUGCGAGAUGCUGGGACCUACCUGUGCCAAGUCAACACCGAUCCUAAGAUGUCCCUGCCUUUCACUCUCAACGUGCAGAACUCGUCUAGGCCUAUUGGGGCGUCAAAGACAAAAUUUUUCUUGGCCAACAACACGGCGUCCACGAGAGAUGGGCGUCUGAAGGUGGAGGUGCUGGGGCCGAGGGAGCGGUACAUCGAGGAGGGCUCCACCUUGACCCUCACCUGCGUGGUCACAUCUACCCAGGGGCCUUCCACGCUCGUCUACUGGUACCAUGACACUAGGAUGGUUGACUACAACUCCAGACGCGGCGGUAUUAAACUCAAGAUCGACCACGCCCGGGGAAUCACGGCGGCGCGGCUCCUGGUCUAUCACGUGACCCUCAGUGACUCUGGCAUGUACUCAUGCGUGCCCGCAGGCUCGCACCCCGCCGCCGUCCUUGUCCACGUGCAUGAGGGUAAGCAAGAGGCGGCCAUACAGCAGGGAGGAAUUAGCACCACCAUGUCCUCCUCCUCCUCCUCCUCUUCCUCGUCCUCUUCCUCCUCCUCUUCCUCUUCUUUCGCCCUUUUCCUCUUCCUGUCUCUUUCGAUUUUGGUUCAUAUUCCUUGCUAGCCUCGAUGUCUGCCUGUCUGUCUGUCUGUGUGUCUGUCUGUUCGUCUGUCUUUAUAGAUGUACGUACUUAACCUCUCUCUCUCUCUCUCUCUCUCUCUCUCUCUCUCUCUCUCUCUCUCUCUC